GAUUCACAAAAAAUAUAACUGGAUAAAAAUUAAAAUCGAAAUUUCAUUAUUUCCCUUGACCUUGUCUACAUGUAGAACACGGUGCCCUUUUUUAGAGACACCUUUAAUUGAUAUUUCGAAGAAAGAGACCCUUGUCUGACAUAAAAAUUGAUGUAACUAAGUGUUGUGUGAAAUCAAUACGGAAUGAAAAAGAAAAUACAGAAACAAUGCGCGGCACUGCACUACCGCUACACACCCAGCUCAGGCCAGUCGGCCGCGCCCGGCUCGACAGCUGCGGGGUGGCGGCUGGCGUGGAAAUAUUGCAAUAUACCGACGACCCUUUUAGUUUCGGAUAGUCAUGCCUGUGGUACAACUACAGCUGAUACCGGUACCAAAUGAAUUACUGUAGACAAUAUCAAUGAACUAUCAUUUCAUUUUUAAUUUGGAAACGAAAUCAUCUACUGUAAACUGAAUUAGGGUCUGCCAUGGAUGCUACACAAGCAAUCAUCUUCUCUGAUGAAGAAGAUAGUGAACAAGAACAAGGAAGUGGAGAGAAAAAUGCUGUUGCUUUUCUUCAUGUUUUGGCUCAGAAAGAGCUGUCUGCUGUCAAACAUCCAAUCUAUGAAGGUGAUAAUUACAUCGGUCGCCAUGAUAGCAAUUCUAUCCACAUGCCUUUCAAGGCAUUGUCCAAGCAGCAUGCAUGUAUUGAAGUCCAAGGGAAUUCACAUCUUAUCUAUGAUAUGGAGAGCAGAAAUAAAACAAGGAGAGGCAAGAUGUUUUUGAAACCGAAUGUCCGGUAUGAGCUGCGAGACGAUGAUGUCAUCACCUUUGGUGAUGUUAAAUGUCAAUAUAUUCUCCAAUCAGAACAAGAGGAAGAUGAUGAUGAUACAGGUUCUGAUACUGAUUCUGAAUUGAUGCUUCAACCACCGGAUUCUGAAGAUUUAGAUCAAGAUGAUUACAAGAGGAAAGAGGAUGAGAAUGACAAUGAAUCAAGCUUCAGCAUAAAUGAUUUUAUACAGCCAACACAACCGUGCAUUCAAAAUGGAGCUAUUGAUGUUAUCGCAACUCAAGCUGUAGAUAAUAUGGAAACACAAGCCGUCGACAACAUGGCAACGUUAGCAGUUGACAGCCCAGAAACACAGGCUAUUGAUGAUAUGGAGACACAAGCCGUCGACAACAUGGCAACGUUAGCAGUUGACAGCCCAGUAACACAGGCCAUUGAUGGUAUGGAGACACAAGCGGUUGACAACAUGGCAACAUUAGCAGUCGACAGCCCGGAACCGCAGGACAUUGAUGGUAUGGAGACUCAAGCCGUCGACAACAUGGCAACGUUAGCAGUCGACAACUCGGAAACACAGGCUGUCGAUGGUAUGGAAACUCAAGCCGUCGACAACAUGGCAACGUUAGCAGUCGACAACCUGGAAACACAAUCUGUAGACGGUAUGGAGACACAAGCCAUUGACAACAUGGCAACAUUAGCUGUUGACUGCCAAGCGACUCAGGCUGUCGAUGGUGUGGAGACACAGGCUGUCGAUGGUAUGGAGACACAAGCUGUCGACAACAUGGCAACGUUAGCAGUGGACAACCUGGAAACACAGGCCAUUGAUUAUGGUAUUCACAGUGAUUCUUCAGAUACAGAUAUAGAUGAUGAUGUCCGGCAGAGUAUACUAGAAGCUCCAACCCAAGCUGUAGCGCUCAACGAUUCCAGACAGCAGGGUACACCUAUUAAGGAAUGUACCCGAACCUUAGUCCUCGAUUCCUCUGCAGAUUCUAGUGAUAUAGAUGACAGUCCAGUCAAACAGGCGAGGAACGUGUAUGAUGAUCCUACCCAAAUAUGUGACAGUGUAGUCUCGGAUUCAGGCUCAGAGACAGACAUUGAAGAUCCAAGUAUGAUUCCUGAAACUCAAGCUGAUGUCACAGGAGCAAGUGAAGUUGAUGAGAUGGCUACCAUAGCGAUUGAUCAAGAUGAUGAAAUCUUGAAGGAUAGAAGAGAGGAUAAAACGGACAGCUCAGAAGGAGACAGACUGAAUGCACCACAACCACCCAGUAGUGACGAUAACACCGAGUUGGACAGUGACAUGGGGAAUACCUCUCAAGAAUAUUUCUUGAAUUACAGGACUAAUGAAGCUCCUGGAGAUGAGACGCCCUCCAAUCCAGCUGACAUUGAGGUACCUUCUAGAGCAGCUGACAUUGAGGCUACACAACCUUAUCAAGGUCACUCAGACGAUGACAACACAGACGAGAUGCCGUCUAAACCAAGUGACAUUGAACCUACACAACCUUAUCAAGGUCACCCAGAUGAUGACAACACAGACGAGAUGCCGUCUAAACCAAGUGACAUUGAACCUACACAACCUUAUCAAGGUCACCCAGAUGGUGACAGUGCAGAUGAGACGCCUUCUAGACCAGAUGACAUUGAGGCUACACAGCCUUAUCAAGGUCUUUUAGAUGAUGAAGGUACAGAGGAGCCAACACCCACUAACCAAGACAAAGUUAAUGUUACCAACCUUGAGGCUACACAGCGGUAUGGUGAUAUCAACAAGGACAAGACAACGGAAGAACCAACACCUGCAUUGUCAGUCACCAUGGAAAUGCCAUCAUCUGCUACCAUGGUAUUUCCUUCCACUCAAGCUGAUGAUGCCAAAGAAAAGCAACCUGAUUCAUGUGAUGAUGAUGAGACAGACCCAACCGUGCCGUAUCACACUGGAGAUGAUGUUGCCAUGGAAACAGGUGAUAGUGAAAUAGAAAGCACUCAGGCUUAUGGAAUGCAGGGUGGUAACACGCAAGUUCCUGAUAGUCAAGAUGGUGAUGACGAACCCACUUCUUCCAGAUUUCCAGUCUUCAAGACCCAGUCGCCUUCAAAAUCCUGCCUGAAACAACCAAAUACACCAGACAGAAAAGCAACAAAAGCCAGGAGAGUCAUGUUUCAAUCUACCGAGGAUGAAGAAAGUAGCCAGGAAACCGAUGGAGAUACUGAGCCUUUGAAACGCAGUGUUCGGUCUAGAGGACAGGCUAAAGGUAGUAAGAGCCUUGGGGUAGAUGAGGAACAGUCAACAUCCAAAGGAAGUAGGAGAAGCAGUUCCAGAGUGUCGCAGAGGAAGGAAGAUGAAGAGGUGAAAGAGGCUCAAAAUGUUGUUUCUGGACGGAAGGGUAGAAGAUCCAAAACUGUAGAAGAUGCAGCCAUGAAACCUGGCCAAAAGAGGAAAGCAGAUGCCUUAGAACAACCAUCUGCUUCCUCAGCCAUGGUGAACAAAGUUGAAAGCAAUACAAAGAGGGAGAAGAAACAAGGAAGGCAUAAGAUAGAAGAUGAAAUAAAGGAAGAUACUGUUGAUGGGGCACUGACUGUGACUGAUGCUAAACCAACUAGGAAGAAGGACUUUGACGAAGAGAACCCAAGGCCUUCAUCAGGCAAGGAGUCAAAGGUCAAAGAUAAGAGGAAGCUAUCCGAUAGCAGCAUCUCAUCCGUUGGAUCUGAAGGAAGUAAAGCGGGAAGAGCAUUAAGAACUAUUGUACAGAUAGGGAAGAAACUCACUAGGGGUAGCAAGAGAGGGAAAAAGAGUGUUGGAGGUGGUGAGUCAACUAAUGACUCUCUUCCUGUUGUGACAAAGACGCUACAGAGUACUGCAGAAGUUAUUGACGAUGGUGAUAGUGAUGAUACUGCAUCAAUAUCCUCUACUGCAUCAAGCAUAAGGGACUUUGAAGAAGCAAAACCCAGCACAAUACCGACAAGAGGUACGAGGAGUCGGAGGAGUAAGGUUGCUGAUGAACCUGAUAGCCAGUCUUCAUCAGGCAUCAGGAGAUCACAAAGGGGAGGAACUGAAAAGAAAGAAAUGACUCCUCCAGAGGAGAGUAAAAAGAAAGUUGGUGGUAGAGCGAAAAAAGGAGUAGCUCCAGAAACUGUUGUUACAGAAGUAGAUGGGCCAUCAACACAGAGUAGUAGCAGGACGAGGAGAAGUGAAAGAUCUACACAAGGAGAUGAGCUAACCUCGCAGGACGAUAGUCAGAAAGGUGUAUCUACAAGAGGAAAGAAGAGCGAAAAGAAUGAGGAGGAGGUGAAAAGUAGAAGGACUAGAAGGGGUGCUAUGCAAGACGCCAAACCAGACACUCAAGAAACGAACCCUAAAGGAAAUGAAAAUAUAAAAGCCGUAGAACUUAAGUCUGAAAUGGGUAAAACAAGUAAAAGAGGCAAAACAAAAGCUCAAAGUUCUGCUGAGGGUGAGCAAAAUGUCUCUGCAGAUGCUUCGAUUCGGGAAGAUAAAGAAUCUCAGGAGGCUGGCUCAAAGAGGAAGAGAAAUGCCACGAGUGAAAGUCAGGAAGGUUCUACUAAAGACACAACAGAGGUAAAUGUUAGGCAAAGUGGAAGGAGAAGAACAUUACCUGCAAGGUUUGUUGAUUCCGAAGUGAAAGGUAAAGACGGUGAAAAGAAAGCAGCAUCAGAGCAUGAAGUGGAAGACAAGACCAGUGCCGAUGCUGGUGUGUUUGCUGUCCCCAAAGCUGUUGGAAGACCUUCCAGGAAAACGCAGAAGAAAGAACCAUCGCCUUCAUCUCAAGGAGAAGUAGAGUCUGAGAUGGUUCAGACCAGUUCUAGAGGGAGAAGAUCAACAGCAAAGGUCAAGGAGGAAGUAGCAGAAAAGGAAAAAUCAGAGCAGCCGGUUAAAGAAAAUACUAGAGGUAGUAGAAAAAGGGGGCAAGAAGUUCUUGCUACAAAGCCAGCUGCAGAUUCGAAAGGUGAGGAGACCAUGGCCACUCCUAAGCAGAGAAGAGGAUUGGCCGCAGCAGUUAACACCUCUGAAGGCCCAUCGAAGGUAGAGAUGUCAGAAGACCUGAAAGAAGAUGCCAAAGAGAGCCGAAGAAGAGGAAGACAGAAACCUACAGAGGAUGCAGCAGCAUCUGAGAAAAUCCUGGUUACUCCCUCUUCAAGAAGGGGUCAAACUUCAGUAGCAGCGUCGCCAGCUAAGACUUCUAAAGAUGCCGAAAGAGAUGAACAGAGCAAAGAAGCUAAGAGCACUGAAGCGGCCAAGAUGAGAGGAAAGAGAGGUGCCACUUCUCUCACGCCCUCACCUACCUCCUCCCCAUCUUCAGCAGCCAAGAGAUCCAGGCAAACCGCUGUGUCAUCGCCCUCUAUCAGUCCUGCGAGAAGGUCUACGCAGAGACGUGUUGGUGAAAACAAACCAAAGGUCAUGUUUACAGGGGUCAUGGAUGACUCGUGGCAGAAGGCUGUAACCACAUUGGGAGGGGAGCUUGGUAACUCUGUAGACGACUGUACUCAUCUGGUAACGGACAAAGUCCGGAGAACUGUCAAGUUCUUGUGUUCAAUGGCCCGUGGUAUUGUCAUCGUAAAACCAACAUGGCUCGAUGCUUCUAUGAAGGCUAAGGCAUUCAUCGAUCCGAGUCCAUACCAGCUGAAAGACAAGGCAGCCGAGAGGCAGUAUAGCUUCAGUCUGAAUGUGUCCCUUGACAAAGCGAAAGAAACCAAGCUCUUUGAUGGAUACAAACUCCAUGUAACUCCUGGUGUCAAGCCCGACCCUCAGCAGAUGAAGGAUAUCAUCAGAUGUGCUGGAGGAGAGUAUGUUGCCAAGUUACCUACCAAACAUAUUCCCCAAUUGGUAAUAGUGUCAUGUGAUGGUGAUAAAUCGCUGUGGGCGGGGCCUCGUAAGGCCGGUAUCCCUGUGGUCUCAUCGGAGUUCAUCCUAACGGGAAUCCUCAGACAAGCCAUCCUUCUCGACGACUAUCAACUCAAAUAGGGAUGAAUAGGAUUAGCAGCAUUCCAUCUCGUCCAGUGAGGUUGUCUAUCAGUUGUGUUAACACCAGCUAACCCUUAAAGCUGCUAUCGCUCUGUACAGUGAUCUACAUGUAUAAGCUGUUCCAAAUGCACGUAUUGUAGCAUGUUCACACAUGCAUACUAAGUACAUGUACCUCUGAAAUAAAAUCUGGCGCAGGGGGAAUAUGUUACUUGCACAAUUGGGGUUAUUGUAAGCUUGGCAGGGAUUGAAAACCCAGCCAUGGUACUCUGCCUUUGAGCAAGGUAUUUGAUCUAUAUGCACUGUUCUUCUACAUCUUGGGAUGUUAAUGUUAAGCAAAUGGAACUGUUGGUAAUUGGAAGAGCUAUGUUGUGGUUCUGACGUUGUAUUCAUAGAUAAGUUUGACUCCCACUGCAGCUGAGCAUGAAUCCAUCUGUUGCCACUCUGCACCCAGGUGCUAAAAGGGUACCUGGUACGUUGUGAAAGUCAUUGUAGUUAGUCCAGGAUUGUGUGCACCUCAUUGACUGGAAUACUCCCCAGGGAGUGGAGGAUGUCCAUUCAUCUUGUGCAGGAAUGUCUGAAUGAAUCCUUUGACUGGAGUAGUAAUAACUUUGUGAAUGCUAAGAUACAUACUGUACAUUGUAUGGUUUAUUUAUAUUGCUUUAUAGCUCCAUUAACAACAGUUUUAUACAUGAUUCUUUGAAUUUAUUUAGUCUAUUCAAACACAGUGGCUCGUAUUCUGAAGUCGGGUUUAACUUAAACUCAGGUUUC